CUUACCAGAUGGGGGCGGUAAAGCACCAAAUAGCUGUUUGCCAACCACCGAUAAACCGAAGAAGUCGCUUCAGAUCGUCAGCCGGAUGUGAGACUUCCUGGUUACACGAGAAAGUGGUGAUCAAAGUUAGCUUCUGGGCUAACUUCACUGACGGGCUCUGACCAUGUCCGCCUCAGCUGGCUGCUCCCCGUCCGGCCACAGCUCAGGCCUUGGCCCUGGUAUGUCCAUGUUUCGGUGGCUGGAGGUGCUGGAGAAGGAGUUUGACAAGGCAUUUGUGGACGUGGAUCUUUUACUCGGAGAAAUAGACCCUGAUCAAGUGGAUAUAACCUACGAAGGAAGGCAGAAAAUGACCAGUCUGAGCUCUUGUUUUGCCCAGCUCUGCCACAAAACCCAGACGGUGUUCCAGCUUAACCACAAACUAGAGGCCCAGCUAGUUGACCUGCGCUCUGAGUUGACUGAGGCUAAAUCUGAGCGGACAGUGGUGGAAAAGGAGGUCCAUGAUCUGCUCCUGCAACUUCAUGCUCUGCAGCUCCAACUUAGUGCUAAGCAGGGUAAAGCAGAGGAUUCUGACACCAUCAAAGACAGACUGGAACAGGAGUUCGAGGCUAGUAGGAUUGAGAAAUUAACUGAGGUGAGACUGGAAGCAGAAGUCCGUCUUUUUAAGAAAGAAAAUGAGGCCCUUCGCAGACACAUUGCAGUUCUGCAGGCUGAGGUGUACGGAGCAAGACUAGCUGCUAAAUACCUGGACAAGGAACUGGCUGGCAGGGUGCAACAGAUCCAGUUACUUGGUCGUGACAUGAAAGGACCAGCCCACGACAAACUGUGGAAUCAGCUGGAGGCAGAGAUUCACCUCCACCGCCAUAAAACAGUCAUCCGUGCAUGUCGAGGUCGCAGUGACCCAAAAAAGCCUCUUCCCUCUCCUGUGGGACAUGACCCUGACACUAUGAAGAAAACCCAAGGGGUGGGGCCCAUCAGAAAGGUGGUUCUCCUGAAAGAGGAUCAUGAAGGCCUGGGAAUCUCUAUCACAGGUGGGAAGGAACACGGUGUUCCUAUUCUGAUUUCAGAAAUCCAUCCCAACCAGCCUGCAGACAGAUGUGGAGGUCUGCAUGUUGGAGAUGCCAUCCUUGCUGUAAACAGCAUCAAUCUGCGAGACGCAAAGCACAAGGAGGCUGUCACCAUUCUGUCUCAGCAGCGAGGACAAAUUGAGUUCGAGGUGGUAUACGUGGCCCCAGAAGUGGACAGUGAUGAUGAGAAUGUGGAGUAUGAAGAUGACAGUGGCCACCGGUACCGACUCUACCUAGAUGAACUGGAGGACAGCAGCACAACAACACCACCGAGCAAUAGCUCAGCUUCACUUCCGGCUCUGGAGAAGAUGUCACUGAGCAAUGGAUCAGAGAAUGGAAAUCGUGGGAUUCCUUCUCAGACAAAUCCACAGGAAACUCCCUCAAAGCCUCCAGAAACAGGCUACUCUUCAUAAAUUGCCAAACUGGCCACUAGAGAUUUUGGACAAGAACUGAAACAAUUCAGUGACAAUCUGAGGAACAGGGAGAAACUGACUUUUAGUGUCCAUUUUCCCAUUUUUGUCUUUUGACCUACAUAAAGUGAUGUUUGUGGGUUGUGGCUUCUAAUAUCACUGGGAAUUUUAUGUGAAUGUCAGUGUUUGAUGCUGUGUUAAUGGGAGUGGGAUAUUUGAGAAUAGGUUUUAAGCCAUGGGAGAAGACAGGAUAAUACUUCAGGAUUUACAUGAAGGUUAAUCUCUUUAUUAAUAAUAUCUUUCAGGAGAUAUAGUGUUUUGCUUCAUUAUUAGGUAUUGGAAAUACUGGUAUGGGGAAUUUUAUUAAGAAAAGAUGUGGACAGAAAAUAAUGAAAAAAAAGUUAGAAAAGUAGAAAGGGUUUCAUAAUAAACUCAUUUAAGUUUCCUAUAUUUUCAGACAUCCUCCAGGGUGUGUUUGUUAAUUUUUUCUUUUAAAACGGUGACUUUAGCUCUGAUGUUUUGGUGUGUGAACUCUGUGUAAUCAGGUGAUAGAACGUCCCCUUUGAUGACCCUUUUGUCCUUUUGUAGCUCUUAGGCUAACAACACUCCACAGGUUUCUUUGAUUCAUUUGUUGUGUUGUCAAAUUCUUGACUUUUCUUGAGGUAUUUUAAAUCAAAUAAUUUCAGACAGCAUGAUGCGUAUUUUAAUCUCUAAGGAAAUUUGUCAAAGUCCAUAAAAAUCUAUCCUGUCAUGAAUAUUUGUCCUGUCAUAUAUUUAGUUGGUAGUUCAAAGCGUGGUAGGUCAGUGUUGUAAUCACCAACUAAAUCACAUCAUAAAUAUGUUUAGAAGAGGCCAUUGUAAUCAUCCCCAUUAUUAAUAGAGAUAUAAUCCUGUUCAUUUUCUUAGUUUGGUAUUUGUCCAUCUUUAAAGUUACUGUGUUUGCUUAUUAAUGCUGUUGGUUCUGUGGGAACACCUCCUAAUUUAAGUGGUCAAAUCCACCAAAACAUAGUCUACUCCAAACUAAGAGGAGAUUUGAAUGCACCUCGGAACUCUGCAUUCUAUUUAUAUUCGGCAGAAUCAUUCUUUAUCCACCUGCUUGUGUUCUGACUUAAAUAAACUAUUUGUCAUAACUCUUA